AUUUAUGGAACCAAAAAGGCAAAAGAAGUAUGCGUAUGAGGACUUUGAGAAGAUUAAAGUUCUUGGACAAGGGACAUAUGGAGUUGUCUCUAAAUGUAGAGAGAAACAGACAGAUAAUGUCUAUGCUAUAAAGGAUAUAAAAAUAAGCAGAGGAUUUGAAGGAAUCCCUGCUACAGCCUUAAGAGAGAUUGCAGUCUUAAAGAAUCUGAAGCAUCCCAAUGUUGUCAACCAAGUCGGUGUACUCAACCAAGGCUUCAAGAAAUUCUCUAUCAUCUUUGAGUAUGCAGAUGGGGAUUUGAAGGAUAGAGUCGAUAAGCUCAAAGAAGGUGAGUUCUUCUCAGAAGAAACUAUCAAAACAUGGAUGUAUCAAAUCUUACUUGGAACUGCUUACUGUCAUUCUCAAAUGGUAAUUCAUCGAGACUUAAAGCCUAACAAUAUCUUAAUUACAGACGAUGAUACUAUCAAAAUUGCUGACUUUGGACUUGCUAGAACUUUUAACUUACCUGUAACGUUAUAUACAAGAGAAGUAAUAUCUCUUUGGUACAGAGCUCCGGAACUAUUGCUUGGAGAAGCUGAAUAUUGUACUGGAGUCGAUAUUUGGUCAAUAGGAUGCAUAAUGUAUGAACUAAGUCACCUUACUACUUUGUUUCCAGGAGACUCUGAGAUUGGAAUGAUAAUGAAGAUCUUUUCCAUUCUAGGCUUUCCUAAAGAAGAAGGAGAAUUCCAGAAAAAUGGAUACAUCUGGCCUGGAGUCACUAAGUUAAGAUGGUUCAAACCUUCAUUCCCAAAAUUCCAAGGUGUUGAUCUAUCUAAAUUCUUCAAUAGACUUAGUGAGAAAGGAGCUGAUCUUCUCAGAAGAUUACUAGACCCAUGUCCUUACUCAAGGAUUGAAGCUCAUGAGGCCUUAAUGCAUCCGUGGUUCGAUGACUUGGACAAAUCUAAAUAUGCUGACCCGUCUGAACUGUAUGUUGGAGAUCUUCUUCAGCUUGAAGAAUAAUGAAUCU